ACUUGUAAUUCCCGCCCCUUCAAUAAAUUUGUGACUGUUUAUGUAAUUCACAUAUAUAGUUUGACAAAGAUCACCAGCCAGCUAGCAGAGUUGGCAUCAGCUUCAAUCCCUUACCUCAAAUUCUCUCCCAGCUCGAUCAUACUUAGCCAAGAUUUUUCAGCUGAAAUGCCGCCUUCACAGAGAGUGUGAUCCUUCUUCAAGCCCCUAGUCGAUGAUGACUUCUUCUCUCGGCAUAUGGAAAAACUAGUCAGACAAAGGAUAGUGUUUUGAGGCAAUCUUCUCUCCCAGAAAAUCCCCUGAAGAAUCUGCAUUCAAGCUUUUCCGCUCAAAUGGCGAGGAAUUCAACAAAUCCUUCACGGAGAGUGCGAUCCUUUUUCAAGCCCCUAGUUCAUGAUGACUUCUCUCGGCAUUUGUGUCUGCCACCUUUAUUCAUGGAGAAUUUCAAUGGACGGCCUCCCUGUAAAUGCACUCUUAGAGGCCCAAGUGGAGAAUCGUGGACAGUAGGUUUGGAAGGAAGAGAGGAUGGAAAAUUCUUCUUCCGCAAGGGUUGGCAGAAUUUCGUUGAGGAUCAUCUCUUAGAAAUCGGUAAUUUCUUGGUUUUUAAGUACGAUGGCGACACAAAGUUUGAUGUCAAAAUCUAUAAUCCAACUGGAUGUGAAAAGGAGGAAGCUGUAGCUGCCAAGAAGACAACUGGAAAUCAAGCUAGUAUUCGUAACCGAAGGAAAAGCAUGUUGUACAAGCCUGCUGAUGUGAAAGAAACAUCAGAUGGACACAUCGCAUUCAGAUCAAAGUAUAAAACAUGCUUCAAAGCAACUGUGCCGAAGAUUCCUUAUCGAAUGACUGUCCCCAAGAAGCUAGCUGUAGCAAAAGGUCUCAUUGAAAAGGAGAGGGUGAGGCUUAUAGAUCCGGAUGGGAAAGCAUGGAAAGUUAAGCUCCGGGUCGAUGAGAUAAAAUCUUGUGGCAGUCGUGUGCUCAUGACGGAAGGGUUGAUGAAAUGUUGGCAUGCGAACAACGUUUCACCCGGGGACACCGCCGUGUUUGAGCUUGUCAACGAAAAGAGAAGUGAAAUGAAGAUUCAUUUUUUCAGAGCUGAAGCCGGAGGAAAGAGGCCUACUGUUGUGCUUGAACUUGAUGCCUCUGACUCUGUUGUGGAAAACUAAAGCUAGUUGACAUUAUAUAGGGUUGAUUGUGGAACAAGAUUAUUGAGGUUUUUGGAAUCAUAUUAAGAACAUAUUCAUUGUGGUGGCAA